AAACCGAGGAGAAAGCAGCGACAAACGUCGCCAGCGGAUACGUUAUCGCCUCAAAAAUCCUCGGAUUUAUGCGAUAUUCGGUCAACUAACUUGUAUAUUGUUUGUAUAUCCCCUCGCCUUGUGGAUGAGAUUGUGUUCGACGUUUUGAAAGCGUGAAUCUCCACCUUAAUGCGGUGGGAUGGCCACAGUGCCGCCUGGGCCUAGUAGCGCACUGCCUGCAUCCCCGGCUGAAAUUCCUCCUUUCCCCGGGGCUGGGAGCGCGGAGCCGGUGGGGGGAGACGCAGAGCCGGUCUGCCACAGGGAGGACUGUGUCCCCACCGCUACAGGGAAGAAGUCACAGCCAAUAAGCGAAGUGAAAAGGUCGGUAAAGAAGAAGCAGAAAAACAUGCUAGCGCGAGCUAGCCCGGCGGCGCUGCACCUUAAAAUGCAAGCCCGAGAGCAGCAGCAGCUAAACGGCUUAGCCAGCCCCUCAGAGGACGCUGACAGCCACCAACACACAGGAAGCCGACCUGACAAUCCCAGACCGUCCGUGGACAACUGUGACAGCAGCGGCAGCAGUGAGGGGACUCCGGCCGCUAGAAACAAUAGUGAGCAUUGCCAACACGAAGGCCACAGCCCCUUCUCCAAAAACGGCAGUCACUCUCCCCUGGUUAACAAUAGCGUGAACGGGAUGCCGGGUUUCACAAGAACAGAGGCGACCCACAACCAUCCCGGGGACGAAGGGAAAGAGGAGUUUGACCACACGGAGCCGCCGAGACCGCCGAGUGACGAGCCGCCGGACGCUGCCGGGCCCGGCGGAGAUGACAGCCCCGCUGACCAGGAGCAGCAGCAGCCGCCAGCCGCAGAGCUCGCCCGGCUCGACCUGAACAGCUCUCCCGGCCGAGCGGAAGACGAGAGUCACGGCAUCCGAUAUGUCCGCUACGAGUCCGAAUUGCAGAUGCCGUGGAUCAUGAGAUUGAUCACCAAGGACUUGUCUGAGCCUUAUUCAAUUUAUACGUACAGGUACUUCAUCCACAACUGGCCGCAGCUCUGCUUCCUGGCCAUGGUGGAACAGGAGUGUGUCGGAGCCAUCGUAUGUAAGCUUGACAUGCACAAGAAGAUGUUUCGUCGUGGCUACAUCGCCAUGCUGGCCGUGGAUUCAAAACACAGAAGGAAAAGCAUCGGUACUAAUCUGGUGAAGAAGGCCAUCUAUGCUAUGGUGGAGGGUGACUGUGAUGAGGUUGUAUUGGAGACUGAAAUCACCAACAAAUCAGCCCUGAAGCUGUACGAGAACUUGGGUUUUGUCAGAGACAAGCGGCUGUUCAGAUACUACCUGAACGGAGUGGACGCGCUGCGGCUCAAACUGUGGCUCCGCUAAAGGAAAGAAGAGGGGACGGGGAGGACAGAACAGCAGGUGCUGUUCACCUCCUACACUAUCAGCUUGACAGCCUCAGCUCUGCCCUGGUCAUUUCACUCCUAUAUACUCAAACACACACAUUCACACACAGUACACACACACACCUGUGUACAACCUUAAGGAGUAUGCACAUAGGUAUGCAUAGACAUGCAGACAUACACCCUCUUUUUGUCCUUGACUUCUGAACAACUGUUGUUUAGGCAGAAACACCUGAUGUUUUCAUGAAGGGGGCCCCUGAUACUUUCUGUGACGAGGAAGGGGCGAGUGAGGGCGGUCUCUGGGAUGACCUUGACUGGGGACUGGAAGACCUUUUGACCUUCAAACUCGGAUGCCGCAUCGACUGGGGACAGGAGGUGUGAGGCAGCUCAGGUGAGGACGUGUGUCCGAGCCUAAGAGGAAACGGCACCACACCAAAUCCUUCUGCAGAACACAGGACAAAACAAGACUUAAAGAAAACAACACCACUUGAAUCAAGGACGCGGGGCGGUAAAAACAGACUGGGAAGAAAAUAUUUGUGGAGUUUAUUUUUGUGUUUCUUUUUUAACCUUGUAAGUUGGACAGGGGAUGGAACAAGCUAUAGUAUGACUGUGUGUUUGUACCGCCUCAUGUUUUUUUGUUUGAGUUUGUUUUUUCCCUUUUUUUUUUUUUCUUUUUUUUGGAAAGCAAGUGUUUGGCUCGUUUUGUGUGCAUGUGUAUGUGGCGUGGUUGGUUUUUGCUGUGAGCAAGUGAACGUGUUUGUGUGACUGUGCGAGCGCAUGCUUGGUCGGAAUCGUGCGUACUGUUGCGUGUUUUUUUUUUGUUUCCCAUCCUGUCCAGCGGGCGCAGCAGCUCCCUGCUGCUGUCUCCAUCACCUGCCUCAGCCUCCAGGACUGAAGCCUGUAAAGAUAUGCAUGCAUUUAUUUUAAUGUGAGCGCGGGAAUAAGUGCGAAGAGUGUGUGUUGAUUUACCCAGUCUGAGGCUAACCCUCCAACCCCUUCCUCUGUUUGGUGUAAGCAUGUCGGUGCAGAGCAGUUGAUCGAAACAAAUCACUCCAUUAGCACCUCAGACUUUGCCCAACCGGUGGAUCUGCCACCUUUCUCACUUCGUUGUCCUUCACUAAAUCUCUCAUCAUCAGACCCCGACAGAGUGUGGGUGAGAAGUUUAUUUUUUAAUCUUCCUAUUUUUGCAGAUCAGAACUUGUUUUCCCCAAAUGCACUGCCAACUGCUGCAAAAUUCCCAAAAAGGAGAAAAUGGAGUCUUUCGAAGACAUUUCUUGCCAACGAUGGUGCAGUCAAACUUUUCCUAGCCGUCUCAGUUUACUCCUUUAUAUUAUCAGUCUCUUUCUCCUCAUUGCAAGUGCCACUCAAUCCAUCAGAACUCAGCCACGACUGCAGUGAUCUGCCCGCUAACAGGCGACACACCGCAGCGUCGGCCCGCUUCUGGUUUGCCCUCGGCAUUAGACCGGAGGCGAAGUGUUACAUAUGCUGGAUUCCUGUUUGAGUAUGCUGUGUGUGUGUGUGUGUGUUUAUCUCUUGAUUUAAAAAAAAGGAAAAUAGACAAGUAUUCUUAGCAGAUUAUAUUUUAUUCUUUUGUUCGCUUUCAGUUUUAUUUAGAUAUACUACUAUACACCUGUAUAACCUCACGCUGCCGUAAGCGGCUGAGUCCACAAUGCACUUCCCGGGUGCCCUAACUCGAUGCACAACCAACCUCGCUAACAUUUUGAGAUCUCCAGCCUGGAACACAUCAUAGAUGCACCCGGAUGUUUCAAUCCACACUAAUUAUAGCAAAGAAAGUUUGCUUCAGCCACUUUUGUUUUCUCUCAUAAAGAAAAAUGAACAAAGGUCAGAUGCACUUCUUUGGAAAUUGCUGCAGUGUGUGUGUACGUAUGAAUGUGUCUGUGAGAGUCCUGCUCUUUUGACAACGGCGUGGAUCUGUUCUGAUAGACUUUUAUUUCUCUGCUUUCAGAGGCCCCCACACAGGAAAAUCAGAGCCUUUAUGGUGCUGUGUUUUGUUCCAGCCUAAUGAGGACAACAGGACUUGUUAGUAAUAGGAAGGAACAAAAGCACACACUUUUGUUUUGGUUUUUUUUUGCUUUCCAGGAUCCAAGUUAGUGCUCAGUGUUAUACAGAAGGCAGGAUACAGAAUAGUUCAUAGUUAAGGGGAGAAUAAACCCUAAAAGAGGUUUGAUUUUUUUUUUUUCUUUUGUUUUUCAGUCAAAUUGGAAAGCAACCUGCAUCACAGGUUGUAAAUGCAAGUUUUGUUUACAAGCAGCAUUUCAAAUUAUGCAAUUGGACAUCUGCGUGCUUUUAUCCUGCCUACAAUAUUCAGAGUAGAAAGCACUCCAAGACACUGCCAUAUGGCACAACGGAAAAUCAGAGUACAGUCUGCUACAAAUAUUGACUAUAGAACAAACAAAAGUCUCCAGCUUUGGAUAUGUUAAGGAUUUGAGGACUGAUGAAUGACACUACGAGACCUUGUUCAUGUUUUGGGUUUAUUUCCCCUUUCAACUGAGAGAUUUCAUCCCAGGAGCCCAGGACUGGAAGGGAGAGUAGAUGUUUACAGAGUUGCCACCCACAUAACAGCCUGUGUAUGUAAGUUUAUGUCUGUGUGCAUUUGGAACAAUGGAUCAGAUGACCUAUUUUCUUUUUUUUUUUUCAGAUUUGUAUACGAGUGUUGUUCUAUUCCUCGGAUAUAUUGAGAGCAUGUUUUCUUUUUUUUUUUUUUUUUUCUUUUGGUGAAUCAUCUGAUGGGAAAGGGGGCGAUUUGGGUUGAAUUAUGAGGUUUGAGUUUUAUUUUUAAUUUCUGUGCUACUUUAGCCCAUCCAGAGAUGUAACGAGAAUGAUGAGCAAACGAAAAGUGAUCUAGACGCUGAAAGGCAAUUAUUAUCUUUGCUGCUCAUCUUACACUGUUUAGAUUUCAAAUAUCACCCUGUUCAAACCCCUCCUGAUUUUGUUCCCGGAGGUCUAAAUCAUCUGUCCCUGUCGACACGUGUUUCCCCAUUCAUCUUUGUCCUUCCACUGUCUGGGCCUUUUCGUUUUUUACACCGACUACUGAUGGAUGAACAGACUGGAUGGGUUGCACCAUAACAAAUGAACCCAUCUUGUUCGUUCAGACCAGCGGUCAGCAUGGAGAGGUGUUUUAGAUUUUGAAGGAAAAGGAUCUGUUGUCUUCUUUUUUGUUUUAAUCCUGUGAAACUCUGGUAGUUCCAUUAAGUAAAUGGGCAUUACAGCCUGCCACAGUGAGCCAAAGGGCUCUGUUUAGAUCAUUACAGACUGAAGGGCUUCGUCAUCUGUAUCAGUUUGUAGCCAUGGCUUGUGGUGUUGCUUGGUUUUACCCAGCUCUCUCUGACAAUGACUCCUCUGCAUUUGGAAUCAGUUUUGACUUGACAUGCCAGUUCAGUGUUCACAGAUGUCAGAAGCAGUCCCCAACACCCCCCAUUCAUCCCGGGCGUCCACCGUACGAUCCAGGUUGCUUAUUCUAACAAUUCCAGCCCCACUUCUAUGUCCUCACCCAAGGCGACAUCUGCUGUUCUACAUUUACUACUAUAAAUUCCCCCCAGAAACCAGUUUGUUGGUCAGAUAAUUAACAUUUGUAUUGGUAGUCAUACUGCACCACAAAAUGCUAUGAUCCCAACAACCAACCAGCCAACCCCAGGGGCUUCCUGCAGUCUUUUCAGGGCGGCCAGCACCGCCUCCAUCGCCAUCCACAAAGUGUGCAAAGGAAAGCAACGCAAAAAGGUUUUUUUUGCAUGUCAGAUUUCUGUUUCCCCCUGUUCCUCUUCCCUGUCCCCUCUCUUGAUUUUGAUCUGGAAAUGUCCAAUAGCUUUUAUUUAAUGUGGAAAAAGAACACAGAAAUAAAUUAUUUGAUUUUUUUAAUGCUGUAAACCGGGUUAUCUUGUCUGCUGUCCUUUACACUUUGUUUGAUUGUUAGAUGUAUUAUAAGACAGAGUCAGAAUCAGACAUCUAAAAGAUUUGUUUAUUUGAUCACAUCUUGUUUCAUAUCUACAUAAAGAGACAAAAAAGUGUCACUAUUUUACAUCACACUUAUCUUAAAACGGUAUUAUUGCAU